ACAACGAUUAGUUCGUGUAGAACGAAGAUGAAGACAAUUUUGAGGAUUAAUUAUAUUUUACAAAAGUUUUAUUCUACAAUUUUAAAAGUUCCACCACACAAAAUGUUAAAAAUAGAACGAAUAAAGUCAUUGCUCAUCAUUAUUUCACUUUUUGCCAGCAAUUGUUUUUGUGAAUUGCCGGACGCCAACAUCACUAGUGAAAAGGAAAAUGGAGCCGCUAACUUUACUCAUGAGACCUGUCAACUUGAAACUGUGAGCUCGAAAGAGUUUCGGACAUUUUACCCAGUAGAAAAUUGGUUUAAUCGAAACGGGGUUAUUGAGCUGCUCGUCAGAUUCAUGGGUAUUGCAGAUGGUCAUAUUGCUCUCACAGCAAACAAUACCACUGACAACCCUCGGAGUGUAUCAAGUUAUGUGAUAAGCUUGGGGGCGUACAACAACAAGGUUUCUGAAAUCCGUCGUGGGCAUAUCUUAGAGCACAAAACAAACACGCCAGGAAUUUUGUCGGAACAUCAGUACCGCGGAUUCCUUGUUCGGUACAACCCAAGAACUGGAGGAAUAGAUGUGUUUCCGGAAGGAAGUGACAUUCCGCUGCUUCACUUGGACGACCCAAAUCCAUUGAUGAUCAAGUAUUUUGCUUUUUCCACGUGGGAUAAUCGUGUCGUUCAAGUUGCCUUCAACUGCAAAGCGAAAGAUGCUUACUCCAGUUUACCACUGAAUGAUGCCGACGACAUGUCCGGUCAACGAAAAACCAGUUCUGAGGUCGGUGAGGUAGUGGAGUUCCUCGUCAGAUUAAAAGGUGUGUCGGAUGGACAUAUCGCACUAUCAGAAAAUGCAGCUGAGGCAGAUCCACUCUAUUUGAUUGUGCUUGGAUCAUACGCUAAUACCGUAUCGGAAAUUCGGAGAUCAAAAUGGGGUGCAAAUAUGGUUCAAGCAAAGACUCCGGACAUCAUGUCAGAUCAACAGUUUCGAGGAUUUUUGAUAAAGUUGGACAGGAAGAACGGAGAAUUGUUGGUGUACCACGAAGGGAGUGAAAUCCCGUUGCUCCACUGGGUUGAUCCACUGCCCCUUCACGUCCAGUACCUUAGUUUUGCAGCCUAUGAUACUGUUGUUGUUCAAGUGGCCUUCAACUGCAAAAUUCCAAGUCAAAAUGUCAUUUCGUCUCGUGCACUCUUGACAACAACUGAACGGGAAAUUGCAGUUAAAUUUGGCUAUUAAAGCCAGCCUAGCGUGCCCAGAUCCUGAAACGGUUGCAAUUUUCUACUAAAAGACAAAAACCAGGGGGUUUCCGGUGUAUUCUUUACAAAUUCAUUAUUCAGCUGACAAGCUGUCGUGCCCAUUGUCAAGAACUAUUUUUAACAAUGGACAACCACUUUUCUUGUGAUGGAUUUUUGUCUAAUUAUUUUUGGCAUAAGACUUUGCAAAUUGUUUUAAAAAACGCACAUAUGUAUGUAUGUACAUGCAAAUAGAUUAGGCAUAAGGAGGAUGAAAUUAAAGUAUGCAUGCAAUUCAAUGACU